GGCCGAGCCCCGGUACCCGCAGCGGCCAUGCAGCUCCUGCCUCUGCUCGCCUGGGCGCUGCUGCCAGGCUGCGGGGCAGUGACGGGGCCCGGCACCGUGCGGGGCGUCCUGGGCGGUUCCCUGUCGGUCACCUGUACCUACCAGCCGGGAUUGGAGAAUUUGCCGAAGUUCUGGUGCACACCAAGUACAGGGAUUUUUUAUACCUGUGCUGAGGACAUCGUCAUCACCUCAGAGUGGCAGCCCGAGGUGCUGCAGGGCCGCUUCUCCAUCCGGGACAACCGCCCACACCUGGCAUUCACUGUGACCGUGGACGGUCUGUCCAAUGAGGACGCGGGCACCUUCCACUGUGGGGUGCGAACUCGAACAUUUUCGCGUGACGAGAGCGCUGAUGUGAAGGUGAUCGUGUUCCCAGCAGCAGUGACCCCCACGUCGCGGGACUGGGGACAGACUGCGGGAGGAGGUUUCACCCCGAGCGUGACAGGAACACGGGGCCCGGACGCACCGCAGGGGACCCGCGGCACUUUCCGCUACUUCCCAGUGCUGGCCGGGCUGCAGCUGCUGGCGCUGCUGGCCAUGAGCGCGGCCGUGCUCUGGGUCAGCGUGCGGGGCCGCUGAAGCCGUGCAGGGACCCCACGGCCCGGCCGGCGCCGCUCGACCCCCGGACUGGCAGCGGCCGCGGCACCGGGGCCCCGCCGGGCCCUUCCCGCUUCCCCCGCCGGCUUCAAUAAAGCCUUCCUGACCCCGCUCGUUAUCGCUGCCUCGUCUUCUCGGCGGCCCUGCUGCCCAGCAGUCCCGGUUCCCCUUCUCCGCCCCACCGGGGCGAUGGCGCCGCAGGGGCGGCCCCGGGGGCGGCCGAGCUCCGCCGAGAGCAGCCGGGAGCGGCACUGGCUGAGCCCGGGGCGGGUCCCUCUCCAUCGCCUGCUCGGACCAGAGGGGCCGCGUAAAAGAGGCGAAACCGUGGAGAAGGCGGCAACACUUUCUGUGGUAGCGCUGACACCAUCGACAGUGCGGGCUCGAAGCCCGAGGUGCAGAAGGGCCGGUUCUCCAUCCGGGACAACCGCAAACACCGUGGCCUUCACGGUGACCGUGGAGCGUCUGUCCCAGGAGGACACUUGCACCUUGGUCUGGGGGCUCAGAAUGGGAAUGUCCUCGUUUGGGAAUUUCCUCGUUUGAUGGCAGUGCUGCUGUGAGGAUGAUGGCGUUGCCAGGUCAGCACUUGUGAAGCCCGGGUCCAGCCCGGGUGUGUCCUGUACCGAGGGCCGGGAGCGCUGGCUGCAGUGGGGCAGCGUGGGUGAGGAGCCGGGGCAGGAGCCGGGAGCAGGAGAUGCUGCAGCUCUUGGGGGCAUCCAGCAGCACCAGCACACGGGGCUGCCCCCCCGUCCCAAACCCCUCCGAGCCCCAGGGACGCCCUCCUGCCCCCCCGGCCCCCACCCUGCCGGGGCCGUGCCUCCCCUCACGGCCGCCCCGUGCCGGGAGCUGCUCGGCUCCGGGCACUGCUGGCCCUGGGAAGCCUCGGCCCCUCCUGGCAGCCCCUGCGCUGCACAGGGAAGGGUUUGGGCUGCAGAGAGCCUCUGGCUGUUGAGCAGCAGCUGCCAACGGAAGACAAUUUUGC